CAAGAGAAUUAAGAAAUUUCUAUACUAAAAACUUGUAUAACGGCAAUAAAACAUAUCUAUAAUUGUUUAUUAGAGGCAAAUUUCUAUUUAAUUCCAAAAUAUUUUUUACUGUAAAGUGUUUUUAUUAUAAUUUUUAUAAAAAAUAACUGAAAUAUAUAAUUUCAAGAUUAAUUAUUGUCUGUAGCGCAACAUACAAGGCUAAAGUGUAUAAACGAACGUAUCUUAAGAAUUUAACCUCCAAUUUUCUCUCUUUUACAACUCACAUUCUCGAUGACAUUGAAUUGCAUCAAAAUUUGCUGUCACUGAGAAAUGGAGAAUUAAGUAAAAUAAAAAAAUAAACUACAUAUAGAAUUUGUUUAUUACCUAACAACAAAUUCAUAAUACAUAAAUCUCAUUGUUUUGUUCACAGAUAUAACGUUUUGUUAAUAAUAAUUUUUCUUAAGAAUUGCAAUUUUUCCCAUAAACAAAUUAUAAAAAAAAAGAAAGAAAACUACUCAAGUGUAGAGACGAGUAUAAUAAAUAAACAAACAAACAUUUAUAAUAUUUGUUUUUGUUUUAAUCGAAUUAUUCCAUCUAACGAGUGAUACGAUUAGAUAAAGUUUAAAAUAAAGAAAAAAAUAAGAAAUCUGUAAAAUAUUAAUUGUACUAAAUAACGAGUCCGACGACUGUUUUACUCGUGAUGUGGACUGGUGGUGGUGCUGCUUAAUGUGUCUGUCUGUCUAUCGGUGUGAUUUUUUAGCAAAGAAAAACAAAAAUAGAAUCAAAAUGUUACCGGCUUUUCAACAACGCGGUUAUAGUGAAAAGGUCUACGGACUCAUGCAACGUUUUGAGUGAAAAAUUAUACACGAUCAUCGUACGUUUCGUUUAAUUUAUUUUUUCUUUGACUUUUUUGUAUAAUAUUUGAUAACAUUGCACAUUUAACAACAAGCUGUUAAUUUGGCACAAUUUAAAAGAACGAACGAGUACCUAACAACUAAUUCACUCCAUUCAACUCGAUUGACAAUAACUGUCUUUUUAUACGCGAACGAAGGUUCACCAGUUGUCUGGUGAUGGUGUUAUAGCGGUGGCUGUUCUAUUCUAAUGAUUUUUAAUUUUGAUUGUUGUGUGGAGAAAACUAUUCCAAUAUUUUUAAUUGAUUCAAAAAUAUAAUAUUGCUUUUUGAUUGUUUCGUUGGUUGAAAGUGCACAAAGUAUACAUUAAUGGGUUGGCUAAAGAUCUCCUGUCUGUUGUGUGUUUUUGGAUUUGUACGUGAAAUACGUCCAUCUGAACCAUUUAUAACAGAAUAUUUAGCUGGACCAUGGCGCAAUAUAACAGAAGACCAGCUGAAUCGUCAAGUCUAUCCUAUGGGUACUUAUUCAUAUUUAGCACAAUUGGUUGUGGUAUUCCUGAUAACAGAUUUUUUACUUUAUAAACCUUUGAUAAUAACAAUGGGUGUAAUGGGUAUUAUAAUAUGGAGUAUGUUACUAUGGACUACCUCACUGGAGGCCUUAAUGACUCUGGAAUUUUUCUAUGGUACUUAUAUGGCAGCAGAAGUGGCAUAUUACACUUAUAUUUAUGCCAAAGUCGAUAAAAAACAUUAUCCCAAAGUAACGUCACACACAAGGGCGGCCAUGUUUGCGGGCAAACUGGUGGCCAGUAUAUCGUCACAAUUAUUAUUAACUUUUAAUGUAAUGGACUAUCGUGAUCUUAAUUAUAUAACUUUGGCAACACAAAUUAUAGCAGCAUUAUGGGCAUUUGUUUUGCCCAAGGUAGAUAGAAGUUUAUAUUUUCAUCGUAAGCCUUAUGUAAGUGAAAACCCCACCGAAAUCACCCCACCCUCGCAGUCUGUAGAAAAUUGUAAUGCGGACGAUGAGAAAUCGGAUAAAUUACUCUUGUCUUCACCAACAAAAUUACUAUGGUCACACUUUAGUAAUGCUUAUACAAAUAUUAAAGUUUUACAAUGGUCCAUUUGGUAUGCAGUGGGUUUGUGUGGCUAUUUACAGGUGAUAUCAUAUGUACAGUUGCUGUGGAAGGACAUUAAACCUAAUCCAGAUAUUGCUUGGAAUGGUGCUGUAGAUGCCAUAUUUACCGCCUUGGCGGCUUUGUUUGCCUUAGGAGCUGGUUAUAUACAUGGUGGUCGUUUAAAGUCUCGUGCUAGUCUGGUGGUAUUGGCUAUUUUAUCGGCCCUAGAAGGUGGAGCCAUUUUAUUAUGCUGCUGGACAGAAAAUAUUUUUGUUUCCUAUGCUGGUUACAUUAUAUUUGGAGCAUUAUAUGCUUUUACUAUUACAGUGGCAGGUGCUGAGGUGGCCCGUUAUUUAGAAGAAGAUAGUUUUGGUCUAGUAUUUGGCAUUAAUACUACUGUCGCUUUGGUUUUCCAGACAAUCUUAACAUUGGUGGUGAUAUCUGAAUCUGGCUUUGCAUUAUCCCCUAAAGGCCAAUUUACCGUUUAUGCUUUUUAUUUUAUUGUCGUCGGUAUUUUAUAUUUUAUUUUCGUUAUAUUUGAAUAUUUUAUGUCAAAAAGAACGAAGACAAGCAGCAGUGAUCUUAGUGUAGAACAAGAAUAGAUGAAUUAUUGUUUUUAUGAUAAGUUAAUAAUGGUUAGUUAAUUGGUAAAGACAUAUUUUGUUUUAAACUUUGUAAAUAAAUGCUAAAAGAAAUAUUUUAGAAAAUAUUAAGAAAAUACAUA